AUGCUUCCUCGAAUCCGAAUUUUUGCCCUCCCUGCAGCUUUACUUGCACUACUGGCAAUCUUUCCUCACCAGAUACAUAGCGAGGAGCUUCGGUGGCCCUACAAUCUGCCUUCAUAUGUCAAGUACUAUCCAGAAGAAGAGGUCUUCGUCAAGAGAGACGAGUCUCUUCAGCAACAGCUGCGGCAGCAUUCAGUGGUGGGUGUGAAGAAGAUGAGCGAUGAUGAGGGAGAGAAGUUCUACCUCGACUACUGGACAUUUGGGCCGAUGGGCAGUAAUGACGUGCUGGAAGACAGCAGUCGUGGAAAGCGAGGCCGUGACGAAGAAGGACGAGACACGCGUGGGCUCAAUGGCACCAUCAGUGAAAAGGCUAUGCCACCCUUCCUUCUCCACUCGACCAGCAACAGCAUGGUUGCAGGCAACAUGCUGUCACGAUAUAUACGCUUCCCAAUCUCACAACGAUCUAGCUUCUAUCGCCGGGACUUUCAAUGUCCAAGCGGAACCUCGAACUGCGCAUCCAUCAGCCGCCCAAACAUCUGCUGCGCCGAAGGUCAAACUUGUCAAUUGGUACAAGACACAGGACUGGGGGACGUGGGUUGUUGUGCAGCAGGGGAGACUUGUGGAGGAUCCUUGUCGGAAUGCGCAUCUGGCUACACGGAUUGUCCGAAUCAUCCAGGCGGCGGUUGCUGUAUUCCAGGAUAUGCUUGCGUAAGCGGUGGGUGCCUCCUCAGCUCUACAGCAACCGUUGUUGUUGUUCCCUCAACCCUUUCCACGCAGUCGUCAUCUUUGACGACACAACCUCCUAGUUCUUCUACAGCCAUCAGGUCAUCCUCGCCGACAUCGACUGAUGUUGUUGCUCCUCCCACAACAUCACAAACGCCUUUGCCCUCCACUACGCAGAGUCCGAGUGAAAUCUCCCCAACUACCGCCACAACAUCUACUACUCCCAGUACAACAGUCUGCUCAUCAGGCUUCCGAUUCUGCCCAGCAUCUCUUGGUGGGGGCUGUUGUCCUACAGAUCGAGCUUGUGGGCGAGAUGUUUGUCCAGAAUUAUCCUCGACGGCAACUAUAGGUGCUCCAGUACGGCCUACGUCCGAUGUACCAACCACGGAUACCGGAGCCUCGAUAACAGGAUGUCCUACGGGCUUCUAUGCUUGUAGCGCGUUUUACCAGGGAGGAUGCUGUCGCUUGGGGAGAGAUUGUGCGCCCACUUCGUGCCCGACCAGCGCCACCACAACCUUGAUCGAUGCAAAUAGCGUAACCAUCGUCGCGACGAUAUCAAGCGGUCUUUCGGCAAAUACAAUCUUGACUGGAGCAUGUGCAACUGGGUGGUCUAGCUGUGCAGCCAGCGAUGGAGGAGGAUGUUGUCCGACAGGAUAUGCGUGUGGGAGCAGCUGCACUGCCACUGCGACAGUGUCUAGUUUGCAAGCUUCUCAAGUGGGGAAGCUCGCACCUAAUGGAGCUGUUCGUGGGACUGCAAGGUACAUGAUGCAGUCUGCUUCCGGACCUCAACGGGCUUCUCAGCGGCGCAACGCAACUAUCGACCAGACACCCGGCCAGCAAGUCCCUAGCAUGGCCUCCAAUACAGUCACGAACGCAACACCACGGACGUCUUCAGGCUCGUCAAGAUCACAGACGUCGCGGGGUGCGAACCAGCCUGAUAAGCAAAUGUCCCAGAUCGAAAAGAGCGUGACCCAUCUCCUGGUGGCAACGAAACAACUGUUGGAGACUCUGACCCAAUGGUCCCGUGGUCAAGCGCAGGAAGAGGAAGUCUCAGACGUGUACGUUCGACUGGGCUACGAAUUCAAUCUAGCCUGUAGAGCAUUCAGUUCAAUCGGUGUUGAGACUUCAGACCUUGGGCCAGUGCCGGAUCUGUUACGGUCCAUAUUAGAGGACACUCUUAGCCAGCCAGCUUCGCCUCAAAGCUUGGACAACUUCUUACCACGCAUCCGAGAUAUCAUUAUUAACCUUCUUCAUGGCCUCAAAAGGAAGCAGGCGAAGCUUCGAACGCGCUCCAGUAAGGAUUCUGCCAGCAAAGUGCACCCUCCUAUGAGACAAGCCAGCGGCGCCAGUCUUGGAGACAAUGAUGCUGGUCUGACACAAAUGCUGGAAGAUGUCCCGCCACAGACCCAAAGCAACAGACAGGGCGAGAGCAGGACCGAGAGCAAUAGCGCCCGGGAAGAAUUAAAUGGUAUGCCGUCCCGGACAACGUCAAAUGGAGCUACCACACCUUCAUCGAACCGUCACAGUUUACGAAGAGACAUUCAUAGAACGAUUCCACAGUCAACCUCUGGUUCGUCUCUGUCUAGCAAUGCGGCACAGAACAUGCCUGUACUCCCGCCAUAUUCCGAUCCACAGCAAACUGCGCCUCGACUGGAUACUGACAUAAAAUCCCCAUCAUCAUUCCCCCAUCCACCUCCACCUCCUCCCAAACAAAUGGAUGCUUUUGCAGCCCUGCAGAGAGGUGGUGACCUGGAAAGGAGGGCAUCUCGGCGAUUUUCGAGUUAUCAAAUAUCUAAGCAUCUCGGAGCGUCUCCAAACGGCAUACCGUUAAUCCCACCUGCGCAAAACUCACCUAUUCCAAAUCGAGGUCGAGAUGAUCGAGAAUCAAUGAAUGCAGUGCAGUCACGUAAGUCGGCUCAGCAUUCCCGGCAGCGCUACCACAACCGCCAUGGGGACCUGUCUCCAAGCAAGAGUGGCACUGUGAAAGCCCCAGAGCCAAUAUCAGAAGAGAGUUCAGAAAGUUUGCAACAAGCUCCUGAUCUCCCUCCACCUACAAGACCGGAUCGUGAUGAUAGCCCCACUGUGAAGACACCGGAUGAGAUGUACGGACGUGGCGAUCUUAGCCCAAACGAAAAGCCAGCUAUUUCAGCGACGUUGAACGGUCCCCCGCCCUCCCUACCUCCUGAGCCAGCACUUUUUGUCGUCGAAGAGGAGGCUAAACCUAUCCCUUCCGAGCGUCAGCAUACGCCGAGUCCAAAACCUACAGAGUCCCUACCCAGCUCCGAGGAUAGGGUAAAGAAAGUUACACCACCCUCCCAACAGUUUGUUCCGGAAGAGUCUCCUCCGCCAGGAAAAGAGCUAACUCUGUUUCUUCAAUACAAAAGCAAAAUCAAGAAAUUUGUGUUACCCGAUGGUUACGAUGAACUCACUGUUGCACGAUUGCAGCUGGCAUUCAUUGAGAAAUUCGCCUGGAAUACCCACAACAAUGGAGUAGAUCUGCCCGAGAUCUACAUACAGGAUCCAGUCUCUGGUGUCAGGCACGAAUUGGAGGAUCUGUCCGACGUCAAAGAUCGGUCAGUGCUGGUGCUCAAUGUCGAAGUCCUUGAUGAAGUGAAAAGACAUUUCGAUGACGGCAUUGGAAACGUUCAGAAGAUGCUGGAAAGUGUUCGCAGCACUCUUGAUGGUCAAGGAUCUAUGAUGGAACGGUUUUCAAAUCGUCAGUUGGAGGCUUCCAAGGAGAUGGCUCGCAUAUCUGCAGUUCCUCGACAGGCUGUUCCCGGUGUUGGUCGUGUGCAGUCCGGUCGUUCAACCCCUGCUAAACCUCCCGCGAGCAUCUCAGAAGUACAAAGCCUUCGGCGCGACAUCGCAGCAUUGCGACAGACAUAUUCCAGCAUGUCAACGGACUUCGCUGCCUCUCUGGCCGCCAUCAGACAAAAGGGUGCCAAUGUCAAAUCAGCCGCCGCGGAUGCUGUUGUACCUACAUUCGAGGGAAACGCAGGCCGAGCGCACGUCAACAACGGCAAGAAAGUAUUGCUCCACGAUUCGGAGGCGCUUGUAAACCGUGUCGACGAUCUUUCGGAUCUCGUCGAAGACCUACGCAAAGAUGUAGUGACUCGUGGUGUGAGGCCUAGACCACGACAACUCGAGGAAGUCAGCAAAGACAUUAGCGUGACGGUCAAAGAGCUCACGAAGAUGAAGGAGUUCCUGAAACGCGAGAAACCGAUCUGGACCAAGAUCUGGGAGAAGGAACUAGAUCUGGUUUGUCAAGAGCGUGAUGAGCUGACCCAGCAAGAAGAUCUGAUGGCUGAUUUACACGGCGACCUUGAAGAUCUUUCUGGGGUGUUUAAGCUUGUUGAGGAGGCGACGAAACAGCAGAAUCUGCAGAACGCAACGCCCGGUGGCGGCAUGAGGAGCACAUCGCGCAAUUUACCAAUAGACCCAGAUAUCGAUCCACAAAGGGCCAAAGAUGGGGUGUUAGGAGAGGUCCGUGCACUCCAGCCCAACCAUGAGGACCGCUUGGAGGCCAUUCAAAGAGCGGAAAAGGCGAGGCAAAGGGAAUUGGAAGCUCGUAAAGGAGGCGAGUUCCAGCGUGAGGUAGAGAAAUUCGUAGAAGAGGGUAAACUCAAGAAGACGGGCGGUGCGGAAGAGGUAGAGCGGUUGAGGAAGGCAAAGGACGAGAAGGCAAGAAAGGAGAACUGGGAACGGGCUCAGCAGCGGCAAGCGGAAAUGGAGGCCAGAGAGGUGGAGCAGAAUGCUUCCAGUGCUGCUGCCGGAGAUGAAGAACAAGAAUCUACUGCUGAUGCCCGACCGAACGUCGCAUCAUACCCCGAAGUUCAAGACGGGACGCCAAACUCAGGCGCUGACCACGACCAACGUGCACCAUUGGAGACUGAUGGAGCAUAUGAAGGAGAACAGUCAAGCAAAGAUACUGCUGAUGUGCCUCAGGAUGAAGGAUCACAACAACAACAACAACCCGGUACGUCCUUCCUCGAUCUCCAUCCCGAGUAG